AUGUCGUCUGACUCGUUGAUGACGAUGAUGAUGCCACCUCGGCGGCAGCAGCAUCAAACACAAGCGCUUCCGUCACCGUCGCCGGUGUCGUCUACAGUGCCGGAGAGUGGGACUAACUUUGAGGCCUUGAACUCCAGCGCCAAUACUACUCCUACAAUUUCACAAUCUGAUUAUUGCAUUUGUUGCAGUCGUCAUCCUGAGGUGAAGUGGGCCCAGAGGGAGGACAAGGUCUUCCUUACCGUGCUUCUGCCCGUUGCCAAGGACGCCAAGGUUAAGCUUGAGCCUGAAGGUGUUUUCAUCUUCUCCGCUAGUGCCGGCGCCGGGAAUAACCACUAUGAGCUGAAACUCGACCUUUUCGAUAAGGUUGAUGUAGAGGAAAGCAAAAUAAGUAUUGGAGUGAGGAGUAUAGUCUGUAUUGUGGAGAAGGCAGAGAAAGUUUGGUGGAGUAAGCUAUUGAAAGGAGAUGGGAAGACACCGCAUUAUGUCAAAGUAGAUUGGGACAAAUGGGUUGACGAAGACGAGGAUCCUUCAGCAGCAGCAAUUGAGGACCACCACCCCAAGUUGAGUCUCAGCUAG